AUGACCAGUUGUUCAUGCAGAAAUAUAUCUGUACUGGAAGGCCACGAUACAGUGGCCUUAGAAGAAGUCAGGUGCCCGGAUAAAGAAGAAAUCAAAAAUUUUAAAAAGAUCAUGGCUACGGAGACUGCUGCGAAUGGCCCAGGUGCCAACAAAACUUGGGAGCUGAGUCUCUAUGAGCUACAUAGGACUCCCCAGGAAGCUGUCACCGAUAAUACUGAGAUUGCUGUUUCACCUAGAAGCCUCCAUAGUGAACUAAUGUGCCCAAUAUGUUUGGAUAUGCUAAAGAAUACAAUGACAACAAAAGAAUGUUUGCACAGAUUUUGUCAAGAUUGUAUUAUUACAGCUUUGCGAAGUGGAAAUAAAGAAUGCCCAACAUGUAGAAAGAAAUUGGUAUCAAAAAGAUCACUACGACCUGAUCCAAAUUUUGAUGCACUGAUAUCAAAGAUUUAUCCCAGCAGAGAUGAAUAUGAAGCACACCAAGAACGAGUUCUUGCCAAGCUAAACAAACAUCAUAAUUCAAAUGCUCUCACACAGAGCAUUAACCUUGGCAUCCAGUUACAAAAUCAAAAUCGGGCUCAGCGUGUUCGGAAACACAAUGUCCAAGACAGUGACAAUAAAAGUGACAGUGGGCGUGAAGGUGCUAUAUCGAAUGAUCCGACACCAAAAAAGCGCCAACGGACAAAUUCCAAUGAAUCAGGGGUCUCGGGAGCAUCUGCUAAUGCUCCAUCGGAAAUAGUAGAAAAUGUUGUCGGUGAUACUGAAGCACCCAACACUAAUUCUGUUGAUCCUUCUGGAAAUACAGAUGAGGCCACUAACCAAGCUAAUGAUCCAAUUGAUGAUACUGAAGGUCCACAGAAUGAUACAGAGCCCGAGGCUGAUGUGUCUACUGAACAAGAAAAUCCUGAUGGUCCUGUCAUUGCAGAUAUCGAAAUGGUUUUCAAGCCCCAUCCAGAUGAACCUAAGUCUGAUGAUCCGUCAAUGUUCAGAUAUCUUAAGACUUCCUGCAAUGCUUCAGUGGAACACUUGUCUCGCUACUUGGCGAUGAGGCUUGCUUUGGAUGAUGAAGCAGAUGACCCUGUUGAGGCGAAUCGGCAAGCAGAAGAGAGUGUAUACCACAUCUUUAUAGUCUCCCAGCCUGGCACAUUCACAAUGAUUCCCAUGCAGAUGACGCUGGAAACAAUCAAUGAAAAAUACUGGAAAACUAACAAGCCGUUGGAAAUGUAUUAUAAACUGAAGAGGGAUGAUACACCAGCCCCAGAAUAGAUACAGUUACUCUGAUCAGCAUUAUCCUCAGCACACUGCCCUCUGACUUUAAACAGUUAAACAAAUUAGAGGCUUCAACAAAUUUUGCAGCUGGUUUGGAUCUUGGAUGAAAAUAAUUUGAAUUAAAAUAAUUGAAAUCAUUGUUGUUGCUUAGCCAGAGUGAGUUCAGAUGUAU